AUGGCUCCAAAACGUAAAUCGAAUGGCAGCUCAUCGUCCAGCAAAAGCACCACACCUACCAAAAAGAAGAAGAGAGAUGAAGGAGAAGAAAAUGAAUCAGGAGAUGAAGUUGAUGAUUUAGCUUCUCCUGCCAAGACCACUGUAUCAGAUCCGAAGGAACUCGGAUUAUUGGAACAUGACUAUGAUCCCGAGACUCAUUACAAAUUUAUUAGUUUCAACGUGAAUGGAAUAAGUGCAUUGAUGAAGAAGGAGAAUUAUAUUAAAUUAUUGGGUGAUUCUGAAAAGCCAUACUGCAUUUGUUUGCAAGAGACUAAACUUACUGCUAAAAAUCAGAGCAAAUUUGAAAAGAUUCUUCCAGGCUAUACCGCCCAUUUCAAUCAUUGUGUAGCAAAGAAUGGAUAUUCUGGAACUGCUGUUUUUACUUUAGAUUCACACCCACCUGUUAAAGUAUCCUAUGGUAUGGGAAUUAGUAAGCAUGACGAUGAAGGUAGACUCAUUACAGUAGAAUAUGAAGAUAUUUAUUUGGUGAACACCUAUGUUCCAAACUCGGGUCAGAAACUGGAAAGACUUGACUACAGAACCACAGAAUGGGAUGUUGACUUGUUAAAUUAUUUGAAAACACUCGAAGCAACCAAACCUGUGGUUUGGACUGGAGACUUAAACGUGGCUGUAUUGGACAUUGAUGUUCACAAUCCAAAAGGAAACAAGAAAACUGCUGGAUUUACCGACCAAGAACGCAAAGCCACACCCAUUGUCAAACAUAAUUUUAUUGAUUCAUUUAGAUUAUUCAAUCCCACCACUCCUGAUUGUUAUACCUAUUGGGGUUACAGAUUCAACAUGAGAGCAAAGAAUAAGGGAUGGAGACUUGAUUAUUUCAUUUGUUCUCAAAGCUUGAAGGAAAAUAUUGAGAGCAGUUAUAUUUUGAGUAAGGUUCUUGGAAGUGAUCAUUGUCCAAUUUCUUUGGUUUUGAAGAAGCCCAAGAAGGGAGGAGUAGUAGCCAAAUGGGGUUACAAGUAA